UGAUUUUUGACACUAUUUUUUUAAUUUAAAAAAUAUUUAAAUAAUUUAUAUAUUUCGUUUAAAAUUGUUUGACUGGUGUAAAAAUUAAAUAUUAAUAUUUCUCUAAUCAAUAGUUUACUUGUGAAUUUAAUUAGCACACAUCUAUAAAAGAUAUGGCGGAUGUAAAAGAUGAAGACAUUGCAGCAAUAGGUCGUGUAUUAAAUGACGAAAAUCGACCAUUAAAAGAACGAUUUCGUGCUCUUUUCACCUUGAAAAAUAUUGGAGGAAAAUUAGCAAUCGACCAAAUAGAAAAAGGAUUUAAUGAUCCGUCUGCAUUAUUAAAGCAUGAACUUGCUUAUUGUCUGGGACAAAUGCAAGAUACUCAAGCAUUAUCUGUACUCAUUAAAGUUUUGAAAGAUACGACACAAGAGCCGAUGGUCCGUCACGAAGCAGGUGAAGCUCUUGGAGCAAUUGGUGACAGUAAAGUGAUUCCCAUCCUUGAAGAAUAUUCGAAAGAUCCCCUUCCCGAGGUUGCUGAAACUUGCGAAUUGGCUUUAAGACGAUUGCAAUGGUUAGACGAUCCUAAAUCAACAAUAGAAAAAUUGUCAAAAAAUCCUUAUGCUUCUGUUGAUCCUGCACCUCCAUGCGAAAUGAAAAGCGUCGACGAAUUAAAAACUAUUCUUCUAGAUGAAAAUGAAUCGCUCUUUAAUAGAUAUCGUGCCAUGUUUGCACUCAGAAAUAUUCGGACAAAUGAAAGUACACUUGCCAUUGCAGAGGGUUUAAAGGCUGGGACCGCGCUUUUUCGUCAUGAGAUUGCAUUUGUUCUUGGUCAACUACAAGAGGAAAUUUCUGUUCCAUAUCUCAAGGAAUCUCUUAUAGAUGAGAAGGAAAACGAAAUGGUUCGUCACGAGUGCGCUGAAGCAUUGGGUGCAAUUGCUACGGAAGAUUGCUUGGACAUUUUGAAUAAGUAUCUUAAAGAUGAGAAGCGUGUAGUUCGCGAAAGUUGCGUUAUUGCUUUGGACAUGUGUGAAUAUGAAAAUAGUUCUGAGUUUCAGUAUGCUGACACUUUGUCAGAAAUUGUCUCGUAACAGUAAAAGAUGCAGUACUUUAAAAAAAAAGCCUAUGUUGCUGCUUUUCAAAUUUAGAAAUUUUAUACAGAUUCGCUUUUAAAAAACUUGAUAAAUUAAACAUUUGUACAGUUUUAAAUAUUUUUACUCAAAUAAAAUAAUUAUCAUAAUA